AGUGGUUUGUAGCCAACUGUUUACCUUCCGCGCGCCGCAGAAAAACCUUUCAGCUGCGUCUGUAGCGCGCGCUCUCUCCCCCGUGCUCGUCACCUGACCGUGAGCCAUAUGCAAAUCUGCCCCGUCCUCAAACGCCAUUGGCUCUCCCUCACUCAUUUAUUCCCUGUCAACGCGCAUCAUAUGGCCGCUCUUCCACUAACUUUUCAAGCCCACCGCUGAAAGUAGCUCAAAGACAAUUCUGCUCUGGAUGUGAAAAUCACCCCGAGAAAAAGUUAGAAUAAAACAAAGGGAGACGAGCAGCCGCAAAGUCUGGAUUGUACCGAUCUCUCCUGUUCGAGUGGCCUCUUUUGUUAUAAAGAGGUUCUACACGUGUGUGCCUGCCAGGAACGGGGACGUGUGAAUGUUUCUGUGUGUGAGCUGAGUAAGUUAAAGCCAGGUGAAUGUAUAGCAUGAUGAUGGAAACGGACUUGCAUUCCCCGGGACCCCAUACUAACACAAACACGGGCCACACGGGACCCAACGGCGGCAGCAAAGUUAACCAAGACCGUGUCAAGAGACCUAUGAACGCGUUUAUGGUGUGGUCUCGGGGUCAGCGCAGAAAAAUGGCUCAGGAGAACCCAAAGAUGCACAACUCGGAGAUCAGCAAGCGCCUCGGAGCGGAGUGGAAAGUCAUGACCGAGCCGGAAAAGCGACCCUUCAUUGACGAGGCGAAAAGACUGCGUGCCAUGCACAUGAAGGAGCACCCGGAUUACAAGUACCGACCCCGGAGGAAGACCAAGACGCUGCUCAAGAAGGACAAGUACUCUUUGGCAGGUGGCCUGCUCGCUGGAUCAGGUGGCGGAGGCGGCGUGGGGCUGGGGAUGGGAAUGGGUGCACCGGGGGUCGGGCAGAGGUUAGACAGUCCGGUGGGUCACGGUGUCAACACCGCGGCGAGCUACGCGCACAUGAACGGCUGGACCAACGGGGCGUACUCGGGGCAGGUAGCGGCCGCCGCGGCUGCAGCCGCGAUGAUGCAGGAGGCGCAGCUCGCCUACAGUCAGCAUCCGGGCAGCGCAGCGCAUCACCACCACGGACACCAUCACCAUCCUCAUAACCCCCAGCCUAUGCACCGCUACGAAAUGACGGCUCUCCAGUACAGCCCACUCUCAAACUCUCAGAGCUACAUGAGCGCCUCGCCGUCAGGUUAUGGGGGAAUAUCCUACACACAACACCAAAACUCCAGCAUGGCUUCCUCUGGGGCCAUCGGCGCGCUGGGCUCGCUGGUGAAAUCGGAGCCCAGCGUAAGUCCUCCCGUUACAGCUCACUCUCGAGCCCCUUGUCCCGGAGACUUGCGAGAGAUGAUAAGCAUGUAUUUACCAGCGGCGGAGGCAGGGGACCCGUCCGCUCAGAGCAGACUUCACGCUGUACCGCAGCACUAUCAAAGUUCCGCGACGAGCGUAAACGGAACCGUUCCUCUGACACACAUAUGAAAAGAUUCGCAUUCAGACUCAAAUAACCAAAUAUUUACCUCUUUUAGAGCAUAACUACCUUUUUUGUACAGAAUGUCUGUUCUUGUAAAUUUGAAGGUGAUAUUAUUUAAAUAUGAUACUUAAACUGAAUCACAUCCCUUGGGAUGUUGUCUGAAUAAUUUGUCUGAAAUUACACAAUAUGCGUGAGCUUUACACAUUUGCGAGGGAUUAAUUCUUCUUUUGUAUGUGUGUGUGUGUGUGUGUGUGUGUGUGUGAGAGAGAGAGAGAGAGAGAGAGAGAGAGAGAAAGCGAUUGAAAUGGUUCUGUGUUUAAGACAUGAAAAAGAGUGCAGUUUAAAAUUAAAUCAAAUUACGUUUUUAAAGUUUUCUAAGAUUUUUCUCGAUUCCACUCGGAUUUGUCAAUACGUGAGUUACUGUACUCGAUCUAUUCCUUAUUUGUUUGUUGUAUUUUUCCUUGUACAUUGUGAAUAUAUUACAGAGAAAGAUUGAUACACAUCUGUAAAUAUAAUUCGGAUUUGCCAUGAAAAAUAGGAAAACGUUUUGCAUUGAUGUGAGAAGAAUAAAUGUCACUGCUUUUGCUCUGAUUCUGGAAAGUUAGUUUGCUGUGU